AAUUUCACACGAUAAGCAGCAGCAGCAGCAAAAUAUUCCCGACAUUAUGUUACUCAAAUUGCUAGUGCUCACUUUGCUUGCGGUUCUAAGCAAUGGCAAGCCGCAGCUAUUAGUUACAACACCAGUGGCAGGAAGUGGAUGGUAUGCAGCGACAGCUCCGUCAACCUAUUAUCCCGGAUAUUUCAGUUCGCCGGCCUAUGCGGCGUAUACGUAUACACCUGUUUAUGGUGCCUAUGCCACAUAUCCGUAUUACACAUACUUGAGACGUUGAAUCUGUUCGAUAACCGGCAAUAAUUAAUAGUGUUUUCAAUUACUAAACUGUAGCUUAUUAACAACUAUUCGUAUAUAUAUAUAUUUGUGUGUGUAUGUGUGUGGGAAUUUGCAUUCCUGUGUAUGUGUCUUUGUGCUUCUGUGAAACAUUUUUUGUUCUCUUUUUUUUUCAAGUUAAUGUGAAUAAAAAGCUUUUAUAACAAAUUAA